AUGAGUCGUAAAAUCGUCGACAGUAAUGGAGAGGUGAAAAGACAAAAAUUGGAUACAUGCGGAUGUUUUGGCUUUUCUCCGCCAUGGCUUCGAAAAUUAGCCAUUUUUCCUGUUUAUAUGUUGAUCUUGUGUGGGAAUGCGAUUUUGCAAGGAAUGAUGGUCAAUGGCUUCAUCUCGACAUCCAUUUCAUCGAUUGAAAGAAGAUUUUCUCUUACUUCAACAAAAUCUGGUAUAUUCUCGGCCACUUACGAUGUGGCGGUGGCAUUCGUGCUUUUUCCGCUUUCAUGGAUGGCAACACGGGUAAACAAAGUUCGUUCAAUUGGUCAAGGGAUGAUGCUGGUGGGUGUGGGCGCGUUGAUGCUUUGCAUUCCACAAUUCUUGGAGGGACAAUAUCAAGUGGGACAAUUGAAAUUUGAUCACUGUGACACGAAUCGAACGACGCUUUGUGAUGAGAGCCAAGCCACGAACAGUUUAUCAUUUCCAUUGCUGAUUUUGUCGCAAAUUUUUAUCGGAAUUGGUGCUGCCCCACUUUUCACAUAUGGGUAUUCGACGAUUGAUGAAUUUGAUGCACACACGAGAACGGGAACGAAUAUGGCAAUUUUUAUGGGAGUGAGCACUGUUGGGCCGGCGCUGGCGUUUAUCGGCGGUGGACAAUUGUUGAAGAUUUGGGGAGAUAUUGGGAAAACGAAUCCAUCCGACCUUGGCAUUAGUGGACCGGAAGAUCCGCGAUGGUAUGGCGCGUGGUGGAUUGGAUUCGCUGCCGCUGGGUUGCUCUCGUUUUUCACCGCACUUCCACUAUUAAUGUUUCCGAAAAAGUUGAAUGAUACGGAUGAGCGAAAGAAAAAGGAUACAAUUCAAACGCACGCCUCGUUGAAUGUCGAUUUUUCUGGAGAGAAAUGGGAACAACUGAAGACAUUUAAACUCUUUCUGAUGAACCCGACAUGCAUGGCGUUGAUCGCAAUGCAAACAUUCGAAUCGAUGAUUAUGAAUGGAUACAUUACUUUCAUUCCGAAAGUUUUUGAGAAUCUCUUUGGAUUGACAUCAAGUUGGUCGAGUACGGUGACAGGAAUCCUCGUCAUUCCAAUGGGCAUUAUCGGAAGUUAUAUUGGUGGAAAAGCUGGGGAAAUGGUUGGAAAUAAAGUCCCAAAACUCUUCAAAAUGACGAUGGCUUGCGUGGUGAUGAAUGCGAUUUGCGCGUGUUGUUUAUUGCUGAAUUGUCCGGAGCGAGAAGUAGCUGGGAUCAAUGUUUCGUAUAAAGAUGAGAACCCCUUUGGAAUCGAUGCCACUUGUAACUCAAUGUGUAACUGUAAGAAUAUCUUCAAUCCAGUUUGCAAUAAGAUGAACAAUGUCUCUUAUCUUUCUCCGUGUCAUGCCGGUUGUCAAGCUGCAUCUGAUGCAAUUCUUGGAAACAAAUGGGACAGUUGUGGAUGUGCGGCUGAAAGGGGGAUUGGGAAUCGUGUUGAAAAGGGAUGGUGUGGGAAAGAUUGUGGAUUGUUGCAGUACGUUUUCUUCGGCCUCUUCGCUCUAAUGGCUUGUUUUACGUUUGCUUGUGCUCCACUUGUUCAAAGUGCUGCAUUGAGAGUCGUUUCUUUCAAACAUCGUGAUGCUUUCAUUUGCUUUGGUUGGAUGUGGAUGAGAGUACUUGGCUCAAUCCCGGGAGCAAUCGCUUUCGGCGCUCUCAUCGACACUUCUUGCACUCAAUGGAUUGAGGGAUGUGAUGGAUCGAAGAAAUGUGUUCUUUAUAAUGCACGAGAUUUGAGUCACUAUAUUUUUUAUUUAACGCUUUGCACAAAACUGUGCUGUUUCACGGCAUUGCUAAUCGCUUGCAAGCACUAUAAACCGGUGCCCGAUUGUGAUGAUCCGACGCUGAAGCUCGAGGAUAUGAAAUUCGAUGACCAAUUCGACCCAAAAAAUCAACAAUUUGAGGAA